AGAAAACAUUAAAAUAUAAAUGUGUGUUAUUGUAUUGCAUUCUUUUGGUCCAAGUGGUUCGACUCGUUCCCCGCUGUGUACUAAGGACAGCCUCUGUUUCAGGUAUCGAAAACUGAAGAGCCGCAUCAACCUUUUCGGGCGCACGGAUUGGAUCAUGUCAGAGCCGGAGUUCGUCAGUCUGGCCAUGAAGACGCUCGUGUUCCGGCAGCUUCAGGGAAGUUGCGAAACCAUCGGAGCCAUGUACCGUAGUUCGGAUCCAAUCCACUUCGUCGUAUUCGUCAAUGGUCUCGGAGGCAAAAGCAGCGACUUCUUUUGGGCCAAGAGAUGGAUGAAGCUCUUAAUAGGUGCGCCGAAGCAUAUCCUCAUCUGGUCUGAAGCCAACGAGCAAGAGCAGACCUUUGACGAAAUUUCAGUUUGCGGCAAAAGGCUGGCCGUCGAAGUUGCAUCCUACCUGGACAAUAUCGGAACGAAAAACUUCAAGUUGAGCUUUAUUGGUUUCUCUCUAGGCUGUGUCUUGGUCCGCGCUGCGCUCAUUUGCGCUCAGAUGAGACCGUACAUCAAAAACUUGCACACAUUCUUCUCCAUCAACGGACCACACCUGGGCGUCGUGUACGUCAAGAACAGAUUCCUCAGGUUCCAAAUUUCAGUCUUGUCCAAGCUGAAGAUGAAGGGAUCGGUGAAGGAGCUCACGUUUCAGGAUUCGGCGGACCUGCGAAAGUGCUACUUGUACAUCCUCAGCCAGGCACCAGGUCUGGAAUACUUCAAGAACGUCUUGCUCGUCGGCUCGUCCCAGGACAGACUUGUGCCCGUGCAUUCUUCAAACAUACAGCACUGCCCGGAAUCGCUCGCGGACAACACCGUCGUAGGCAAGACGUACGACGAGAUGAUCAGGAACCUUCUCGGUCCACUGCUGAAGCGUGAGGACGUGACGCUCAAGCGCUUCGACGUCUUCUACGACACCGGUCGGCUGCGAUACCUGGAACCGGUGUUCUCCAGCCUAUCGCACGUUUGUGCACUCAUGUCCCGGAACUUAUUUGAGAAGUUCAUGCUGCUCUCGGCUGCCGAAUGCUUCAAGUGACUUCUGCGAAUUUUCGACAGACACUAUAGCUAUUCUCUUCAUGUUACAAGAACUAUUAUUUGCAAAAAAAAAAAAAUCCGUCAGGGUUUCUGAACGCGAUAACAAAAAAACACUGCGUUCUUGUGUUCUCGGGAGAAAAUGCUGAUUAAAUAUACUUGGAACGGGAUUGUAUACCAAGCUUAAGUCUGCAAGCUCCUGUUUUAGGAGUAGUUCGAGAAGAUCGUGCUCUUCUCUGCCACUGAGUGCUUGGAGUGAGGACUGAAGCAUCUUGGCAGGUAGCAAAACGACUCCCCUUUGUGCCAGAGAAUAUUCCAUGUGGAAAAAAAAUAAUUUUUGACAGGAAAAUUUGAGAAACUCAAUUUUACUUUGAUCCCGGAAGUGUACAACGAAAUUUUAAUGAUUCGCUAUCGUUGAAAUAUAACACAGUAUAAG